AUGCCUCCUAAGAGUCGAAAACAGAAACUUGAACUUCAACAAAACGAAGUUGAUUCAGCAUUAAAUACUCUAAGAUCUGGUCCAUUUGCUUCUAUUAUAAAGCUACAAAAUGCAACUUUGACUGAAAAAAAUGAAACAAUGAAAUUAAUAUUAGAAAUAACUAAACAAGUACUUACACAAAAUAUAUCAAUUGUAGGAAAACAAGAUGCUCUUGAGAGUGUAGUUAUUCA